AGGAGGUCAGAAGCCCGGGUCAACUGGCUCAACCCGAAGACUCUCGAAAUAGUUGUAAUCUGUCCAUACCUGCAUGGGGAACGAAACAGCGAAUAAGCGGAAUAUGUAUCACCCGAGCUAUUUCCCCCUUAUGCAGGCUCAAGAGCACCAAAGACAUCUUUCCGGGACUCGCACCUCUUGGUGUUCCCCUGAGUCCCGGACUUCGAAAGCCGCCGUCCUGCCAGACGAAUUCGCUACGAUGUCCCGCCUCGUCAUCACUUCCCAAUGUCUCGUUUUGUUCUUCCUCCUCUGUCAUGCCAGUUGACUUGUCUCCGUCGCCGGGACACACUUUCGGCGUCCUUGACUCAUCGUUUGCUCUCCAAGAGCGACAUCUCGGCCCCUAGCGACUGCUGGCAUUGCUCGCACAUCUCUACCAUAGCACCCUUUUUUUGGCCUGCAGCUUGCUCAGGGCCUGUGGCCAAGGCAAGUGGUGGCUCUCUGUCUCUGGAUGAAAACAUGAGGGGAGAAAAAGAAAGAAAAACUCGCGAAUCGAUGUUUGGAGAUGUGGGACAGCUGUGCUUGGAGACGGUUCAGCAGUGUCCGCCAAUGUCCAGCCGUAAGACGGCGUUCAUCUCCCUCAUGCUAGUAGCUUCGCCUUCGCCGGACUACGCACUACAUAACACUGCCCAGAAGCCGUAUUUCCUACCAUGGUCAAGUAAUCGGGGAAAUAAUCCUGGAACUGACUCGAUGAUGCGUCGGUUCAAACCAAGGCUGGCCAGCCCGGCCAGAGAAGCUCUUCCAACUUACGGUCUACCACGGAUAGUAGGUCUUUCAUACCCACUAUCGCCUACUUUGCUACAGUCCCUGUGCGUAUGGCCAUUAUCCCUUUUCAGGAUUCUCUUGUUUUUUUCGAUUAGAUAUAGACAUCAUCAUAUACACUGUCUUGCGGUAGCGUCUUGCAAGUAGCACUUCGCACACGUUUAAGCUCUCUAACAUGUGACACAGAGACCGGAUGUAUUUGGAAUAUAGUACUGUCGUUCAGGGUCUCCAUAGGGGAAUGCCUCGGGUGAUGUAUGUUC